CAGCAUCCUUUCCCCACUGUGCUGGGAUAAAGGUAACCUUUAUAGUCACAAUGCUUCCGCCUCACAGAGGUGCUGCCCCCUAGGCCAGACCUCUGCCUGGAAAGUUUCCUCUGGGAACAGCUUCUGGUGGGUACUACGGGCCUUAUUCCCGGCCAUAUGGCCUGUAGGACCUUACCACUGGGGGGAAGCCUGGGCCGGACAGAGUCAUCACUCGUGGCACCAGCCACAUGGCUGAGGUGGACUGGAUACACAGACAUCCAAAGGCGGAAGACCUAAGGGUUGGGCUCAUCAACUGGGCAGGAACCUACCUCACCUUUGAAGCAUAUAAGAGUUCAGUCACAGCUUCUGCAAAGAGUUUGGGCAGGAGACAGACCUGGGAGCUCCUGGUGAGCAAUGAACAUGAAUCACAGGCUGUGAUACGACUAAAGAGCUUGCAGGGCCUCUACCUGCUGUGUGAAGCAGAUGGUACUGUGUGCUAUGGCAGGCCAAGAACUAGUCACCACGGAUGCUUCCUGCUCCGCUUCCACCGAAACGGCAAAUGGACCCUCCAGUGCAUAAUCUCUGGUCGCUAUCUUGAGUCCGAUGGUGAGGAUGUAUUCUGCAACUCCAGGGUUCUUUCGGCUUACCAUAUGUGGACUCCCAGGCCGGCCCUGCAUGUCCACGUGAUCCUCUAUAGCCCCACCUACCACAGCUAUGCCCGAGCAGACCACACUGUGGGCCGAAUCUGGGUCGACGCAGCCAUCCCCUGCCUAGAGGAAUGUGGUUUCCUGUUACAUUUCCAAGAUGGAUGUUACCAUCUGGAGACUUCUACACACCAUUUCUUGUCUCGAGUAGACCGUCUGGUCCCUCAGCGCUCAUCACAGACAGCUUUUCACAUGCAAGUGCGGCCUCGAGGACUCGUGGCCCUAUGUGAUGGAGAAGGCGGUACAUUGUAUCCGCAGGGUUCACAUCUUCUACUGGGCAUGGGCUCCGCUCCCAUGAGGGGCGAGGAGUGGUUUGUCCUACAGCACUUCCCAACCUGGGUCAGCCUCAAGUCCAAGUCUCGGAGGUUCCUCUCAGUCAUCUAUGAUGCGGAGGUGUGUGCUGCUUCUGAGCGCUUGACCCAGAUGUCAUUGUUCCAGUACGAGUGUGACAGUGAGACUCCUACCUUGCAACUUCGUUCAGCCAAUGGAUACUACCUAGCUCAGAGGAGGCAUCGGGCAAUCAUUGCUGAUGGGCACCCCAUGGAGUCUGACACCUUCUUCCGAGUGCACUGGAAUUGUGGGAAAAUCACCUUGCAGUCCCCCAAUGGGCGUUUCCUGGGCAUAGCUUCCGAUGGCCUGCUGAUGGCAAAUGUCACCAUCCCAGGCCCUAAUGAGGAGCUGGGGAUUCGAUUUGCCAAUCGCCCCUUUCUUGUCUUACGCGGUCGGUAUGGGUAUGUGGGCUCCUCCUCUGACCACGACCUGCUGAAGUGCAACAUGGAUCAACCUGACUGCAUUCAGCUAUUGCCCUGUCGCCAGGGCAUCUAUCACUUUCAGGCACAGGGUGGAUCCUUCUGGUCAAUAACAUCCUUUGGCACCUUCCGCCCUUGGGGAAAAUUUGCCCUCAACUUCUGCAUAGAACUUCAGGGGAGCAGCUUGCUCACGGUGCUGGCACCCAAUGGCUUCUACCUCCGAGCCGACCGGAGUGGCACACUAUUGGCAGACAGCGAAGAAAUUACCAAAGAGUGUAUCUGGGAAUUUUAGGUCAAUGGGAUGUCACCUGCCAAACUGUAAAUCCUCCAGGAACAACCUCUGAACUAAACAGAGCAGGAGACCCAGAGUCACGAUCCACGAGGAGACUAUGUGCUGUGCAAUUUUUCCUACCAAGUUUAGCAAAACAACUGCUUGGAGCGACAAUACAUCACAAAAGGCUACCCCC